CCAGAUCACUAGUCGUUUGAGUGGUUCUCCAUCUCCACCUUUCACUCCAAAAAAAUCAUCAAACACUUGUUUUUUUCACUAACACUUGAAAUUUAUAGAAGAAAUUAAAUCAAAAUACUAUUAAUAAUCUAUUUUUGUGUGGCCUAACAACCUUUUUUUUUUUAAUUCAAUCAGCCACAAGGUGUCUGUACUCUGUACUGUGUAGGAGUGUAAUUAGCUAAUCAUGGCCACCACCGCAACCAAUGCACUCUCCCUCUCUUCUUCCUCCACCGUUAUCGCCGCCAAGGACACUCAUCGACAGCCGGCUUCCGCCUCUCCGCAGUGUGUCUCUCUUCCCACCCUCCCUCCGCCACCUGUCCAAUCUCAAAGCCGUGUUUCCAGGACUACUGCUUAUUGUAGAAAGAUCGCUAGGAACGUUGUUGCCAUGGCCACAACCGGGGAAGCCCCGGCAGCAGCAGCAGCAGCACCAGCAGUAACCCCAACAUCUGCUGAUGAAGCUCCAUCAGAAGUUGACACAACAGAGCUUCUGAAAACCAUCCAAGAUGCUUGGGACAAAGUAGAUGACAAGUAUGCAGUGAGUUCACUUGCUGUUGCUGGGGUUGUUGCUCUCUGGGGCUCUGCUGGCAUGAUCUCUGCAAUUGACAGGCUUCCAUUGAUACCUGGUGUUUUCGAGCUUGUAGGCAUUGGUUACACCGGGUGGUUCGCGUACAAGAAUUUACUCUACACGCCUGACCGGGAAGCUUUACUACAGAAAAUCAAGGACACAUACAAGGAUAUAAUUGGAAGCAGCUAAAACAAAAUCAACAAGAAAAGAAAAGUUAGCAGGAAAUUUGGGGAUUGGAUGUCCAAAGAGUUGAACAGAGAUUCUGCAAAAAAAAAAUUGCAUCUGAAAUGGAAAAUCCUACAACUCUUUUGUGCUCAAAGUCCUCUUUAACAUUUGAGUAAAUUCUUGUAAUUCUCUCUCUCUCUUUCUUUCUUUCUUUCUUUCUCUCCUAUUAAAAGACACACUCUUGUACCUAUAUUCUUCUAAAAUUCUUCUGCUUUGUAGCAUCACAUAAUACCAAUAAUGUUCCCUGCUUUUUUCUUGCC